GUCUCAGUCUUUCCUUUACAAACAUCUUGAACCAUAAACAACCAUCAUCUGGCGCCAAGAUGGUAGUUGAUGCGGGCGAUAAUGAAUUGCUGUUCCAGAAUCUUCUUGGAUCCGCUGUGAACAUUCUGGAGCGCCCGAAUAUUUUCGACAUCGACGAUGUCCUCAAGCACCGAAAGUAUCACGUCAUUCUCGACCUGGCUGCCACGACCAAGAAAGUCUCCGUGCCCGGUAUCGAAGAGAAAGUCUCGAUCCGAGACAAUGUCGAGCUCGUGAGCAAUGGCAACGGGACCAGGAUCAACGACGUGGAGGUUCAAACGGGAAGUGAGCUGGUCGACUCGCUCAAGGCCGACGCCAGCGCCAAGGGAAAGUAUGCGGCCAUGUCGGUGGAGGUGGGUGGGGGCUACAGCUAUGAGACGACCCUCGACAAGAGUUCGAUGUAUGCCUUGAUGUCGAUCGAGCAAUCGCAGUUCUACACCUAUCUGCACAUUGCAAGAGGGAAAGAGCUGGCCAGCCUGAACGCAGACUUCCUGGCAGCAGUCGACGAGCUACCGGACUUUGCGGAGAACGACGAGACCGCCAUGCAGAAGUACCGAGUAUUCUUCAAUACCUAUGGCACGCACGUCAUCCGUCGAUGCCAGUACGGCUGCCGCUUCAGCUUGGAGGUUCAGACACGCAACGCAGCCUUCAAGAGCAAGGAGGAGUACCGGGCCAACGUGAAUGCCGAAUUCGGGGAGAACUUUGGCGCCAGCGCCAGUUUCGAGAAGACAUCGACCUUCAGCGAAUACCAAAAGGAACGGAGAACCGCAUCCAGCGUGACGGGUGGGGACCGGGGAAGCUCCUUGAUUCUCCAACGGCAACCCGGCGAUAAGCAGCUGUUUGAGGAAUGGGCCAAGUCAAUCAACGAGGUAAAAAGCUCCGCCGUGACUGGCGUUGAGGUCGAAGCGUUGGGGACGCUACUUAGUCGUUCUGGCGUACCCCGGGGGGACGACUUGACCAAGGCGCUCAAAUGUCUCACACUGGGGCCCGAGUCGGAGCCCAUCACAGUCCAUGGCAUCCUGUACUCCGAAUCUCCGAAAAUCAGCAACUAUCUCACAUUUCAAUGCUGGGGCGAUGGUUUCAGCGACUUUGAGUUAACAGCCCUGGGUGGGGGCCAGGUUAAGGACUCGGAGGACUCGGACUCUCCUGCCAAGUGUCUGUUUGGACAACCGUCACUCGCAGCAGUCGCAUCUGGAAUCACUGCUUAUGGGCCAAGAAACUUUGCUGCACUUGUGAAAAUAUCAGGUGUAACAGGAAAACAGUUUUCAGCGGGAAUUUACAUGCCAUCCGGUGAAGGUGGAAUUCGCCUGACGCUGUAUCCCCCGAACGGGCCGAUCGAGAUCCUGUUCGACAAGUCCCAAAACUGGAAUUCGUGCACAAUCCCAAGCCUGAUUGCCUCGGGGAAAUAUACGUCUGACUAA